CCCUCCGGUGCAGGUUCACCACUACCAUUACAGUCAGUGCCGUUUGCGGCCGGGUGUUCCCGCUUUUCCCCAAACGCAACAAAGAGAAAUUUCCGGUCAGCUCAGGGGAGACGGGAGGGCCGGGAGCGACUCGAGUAUAGAGGUCGGCAUGGAUUUAUCGAACGGUCCGGGCAGCGCAGUACUGCCCUUCACAGCGCAGAGCCGAGUGGCGCUGUCAGUGUCGGACAUCCGCAGCAGCGCUCCCGCACCUCGCAGCGCACCUCCAAUGAGUGCCUUCGCGUUUACGCUGCUUUUGCUGUGUGCUUUUACCAUCCACGGCGGACAGCCCAAAGAGUACCGGAGCCCCCUCAAUGACUUCCAACGCUCCGAAGGUCGUGAGUUGGUACCCAAAGCUUGGAAUGCGGAUCGCAUUGUGCAGCUGCCGGGACUCUCUCUGGAAGAGUGUGCAAAGCGGUGUUCUCUGACACUGGACUGCAGGGCUUUCAACUAUGAGACACGUCCAUCUGUUACCUGCAAACAGCUUCCUUGGGUAAGGGAUGAGGACACGGCAGAGGUGAAGAGAAACGUCAACUGUGACCUGUAUGAGAAAAAAGACUAUGUGCGACGCUGCAUUGUGGAUGAUGGGAAGACCUAUCGAGGCAAAGUGUCCAAGACAGAGAGCGGGCGUGACUGCCAACAGUGGUGGUCCAAGUUUCCACAUGACCACAGGUGGACACCCUCUCCCACCAAUGGUCUGGAGCUUAACUACUGCCGGAACCCGGAUGGGGAUCGCAUCGGACCCUGGUGCUACACCACUGAUCCGGAGCGCCGCUACGAGAGCUGCAACAUCCCCCGGUGUGAGGACGAGGUGUGUGUUACCUGUAAUGGAGAGGACUACAGGGGUCAGGUGGACCACACAAAGUCAGGUCGAGAAUGCCAGCGCUGGGACCAGCAAUAUCCGCACCAGCACAUCUAUCAGCCUGAGAAAUACCCUGACAAGAGCCUGGAUGACAACUACUGCCGCAACCCCGAUGCCUCGCCAUUUCCCUGGUGCUACACCAUGGACCCGGACAAGGAUCGCGAGGAGUGCCACAUCAGCAAGUGCUCAAAGAUCCCUAUAAAGCGCUCCCGCUCCAGCUAUACCACACACUGCUUCCGUGGCCGUGGCGAAGACUACCGCGGCAAAGUGAAUGAGACGACAUCGGGCAUCCCCUGUCAGCGCUGGGAUGCCCAGCACCCCCAUAAUCACCCCUUCUACCCACAGACCUACGAGUGCAAAGGCCUGGAUGAAAACUACUGCCGAAACCCAGAUGGUUCGGAGGCUCCCUGGUGUUUCACGUCAGUGCCGGAGAUGAGAACGGCGCUCUGUCUGCAGAUUAAGCGAUGUGCUGACGACAUCGAAGCCGAAGACUGCUACCAUGAGAAUGGCAAAAACUACAGAGGGAUGGUCCGCAAAACUCGCAAGGGGAUCAUCUGCCAGAAAUGGAGUGUCAACACACCGCACAAAACAAAAAUAAAUCCAACAACACACCCCAAUGCCAACUUGACGGAUAAUUACUGCCGGAACCCAGAUGGAGACCAACAUGGUCCCUGGUGCUACACCACCGACCCCAAGACAGAGUUCGACUACUGCGCCAUCAAGCACUGCGCUGGGGAAAAGCCUCCCAUCAUCAAGCCAGCAGAGAACGUGGUGUUUAAUGAGUGUGGCAAGCGAGAUGAUCGUUUGGAAAACCCUAAGCUUCGCAUUGUUGGUGGAACCCCAGGCAACUCACCCUGGACUGUGAGUCUGCGAGACAGGAAGGGAAAACACUUCUGCGGAGGAUCCCUAGUGAACUCCAGAUGGGUGAUCAGCACCAAGCAGUGUUUUUCCUCCUGUUACGUAGACCUGACAGGCUACUCUGCCAUGAUGGGAACCAUCUUCCGAGACCCCAAAGAGAAGGACCCACAGCAGCAGAACAUUGCUCUCAAUAAGAUUGUGUGUGGACCGUCCGAGUCGCACCUGGUGAUGUUGCAGCUUGAGAGCCCAGCACAGUUUAACGAGCGUGUGUCUCAGAUCUGCCUGCCCCCAGAACGCUACAUGGUCCCAGAGGGUACGAAGUGUGAGAUUGCAGGCUGGGGGGAGACAAAAGGAACUGCAGAUGACAUGGUCCUCAACGUGGCCAACUUGAGUGUGCUGAGCAACAAGGAGUGCAACAAGUACUUCCGCGGUCGCGUCAAGGAGAAUGAGAUGUGCACUACAUCCUUUUACGGUGGCGUGGGGGCAUGUGAGAAAGACUACGGGGGACCCCUAGCCUGUCAAAACAGUGACUGCUGGGUGCUAGAGGGUGUCAUCAUCCCCAUGCGACGCUGUGGCCACCCGGGCCAGCCCAACAUUUUCAUUCGUGUGUCUGUUUAUGUCGACUGGAUCAAGAAGGUCAUGGAGAUGGCAUAGGUGCUGUGUUGUCAUCUGUGGGCCGGAAUCAGACAUAACCACCCCCAGAUUGCUUGCGCCACAGAAGGUACAUUUGGAUUUUAAUGGAGCCUCACAUGCAUGCUUUCCCAAGAUGACAUGAUGGUUCUGAUGGACUUGAUUGAUGUUCCAGUUUUUGUGUGUGUGUGUGUGUGUGUGUGUGUGUGUGUGUCAGUAUGUUUCUUGCUGUAUAUCUGUGUGCAUGUUUUGUGUGCUUGAAUCCAUUCAAAUGAUUUGCGAGCCAUGGGAAGCUGCACCUGCUGUAAAUUGUGGUAAACAAUCUGGAUUUGUUGACAAAAUUAUUCCUGGAGUACACGUUGCUAAAACUGAUAGAAACUCAAUAUGAAAAGUCCAUAAACUUGAAUUUUUGUCCCUUAUUCAUCUGCAUAUCUGCUGUUUUUGAUCAUUUUGAUCU